GUCUCGCCUGUCUAGUUGUCGAAGGUAGACGCACUGGCGGUCCUGGAAAAGAAUCUGAGGGGGGGGGAAAAAGUUGCUGUCUUCUAGUUUUGUUUACAUAUUUUCGAAUUUGAUUCGCCCUUUGAAGUUUGUCUAAGAGUUAUGGCUUCCUCGGAUGUGGCUCGACAGCCGGAUAAAGGAGCCCGGCCCCUGUCCCUAGCUGGGCACGUUGGCUUCGACAGUCUUCCAGAUCAGCUUGUCAACAAGUCCAUCAGUCAGGGCUUCUGCUUCAAUAUUCUGUGCAUCGGUGAGACCGGUAUUGGCAAGUCUACGCUGAUGGACACACUUUUUAACACCAACUUUGAGAACUUUGAGUCAUCCCACUUUGAACCUCAAGUGAAGCUGCGGGCGCAAACCUAUGACCUGCAGGAGAGCAACGUGCGGCUUCGUCUCACUGUGGUCAACACUGUCGGCUUCGGGGACCAGAUGAACAAACAAGAAAGCUAUCAGCCGGUGGUGGACUAUAUCGACAAGCAAUUUGAGACUUACCUUCAGGAGGAGCUGAAAAUCAAGCGCUCUCUGCACAACUACCACGACUCACGAGUGCACGCCUGUCUGUACUUUAUCUCCCCCUCGGGUCAUUCGCUCAAAUCCCUGGACCUCGUAACGAUGAAGAAGCUGGACAGCAAGGUGAACAUAAUUCCAGUCAUCGCCAAGGCGGACACCAUCAGCAAGAGCGAGCUGCACAAGUUCAAGAUCAAAAUCAUGAGCGAGCUGGUCAGCAACGGCGUGCAGAUCUACCAGUUCCCACUGGACGACGAGACCGUGGCCAAAGUCAACACCACCAUGAACGGCCACCUCCCGUUCGCUGUCGUCGGCAGCACAGAGGAAGUGUGCGUUGGCAACAAGAUGGUGAAGGCUCGCCAGUAUCCGUGGGGCGUCGUUCAAGUGGAAAACGAGCACCACUGUGACUUCGUGAAGCUGAGGGAGAUGCUCAUCUGCGUGAACAUGGAGGACCUGAGAGAGCAAACCCAUACGCGCCAUUACGAGCUUUACCGGCGCUGCAAAUUAGAGGAGAUGGGCUUCAAGGACACCGACCCGGAAUGCAAACCCGUCAGUUUACAGCAGACGUAUGAGGCCAAGCGUCAGGAGUUCCUGGCCGAGCUGCAGAAGAGAGAGGAUGAGAUGCGGCAGGUGUUUGUGCAGAGGGUGAAGGAGAAGGAAGCGGAGCUGAAGGAGGCUGAGAGGGAGCUGCAGAGUCGUUUUGAGCAGCUGAAGCGCCUGCAUGCAGACGAGAAAGCCGCUCUUGAGGAGAAGAAGCGUCUGCUGGAUGAUGACCUGAGCUCCUUCAGUAAGAGAAAGGCUGCAGCUCAGCUCCUGCAGGCCCAGAGCUUCACGGUCAACGGCAAGAAAGACAAGGAGCGGAAGAAUUCUGGCUUCAUGUGAAGACUUAAGAGAUCUGAAGUGCACAUCAUUACGACCAGUGUAACCAGUGGCAUCGUGUCCACGUUGUUUUUCAGCCAGUCCACCACACUAACUAGAAAAAAAAACACAUCCUCCACACCGGGCUGUACCUGGUGUUAGCUUGAGUUGCCAAAGUUUUAAAGACUGUUUCCAAAAACCAGUGUACACUAUCCUCCGAGGUAUUUUUAAUCUCUUUUGUACGUUUUUUUGCGGGGAAAUCGUGUUCGUAUUAUUUUUGCUUUUGUAUUUAUCCUCUUUUUUUUCUUCUUUUGCCUGACUAAAGAAAACAUUUUUAAUGUUGUUUACAAAUCACAUUAUUUAGACAGGUACAAAUAUUAUUUUUUGGUGACUAUUCCGCUUAUGUAAACUACACACUUGUCCUUUCUCUUAUGUGCCAUAGCGGCCUUCUAUGCCCUGCUCCUAGAGUCGUGUGGUUGUUUGUAUUUGUUAGCAAAUCCAGCUAAAAGUAGUUGAAGAGCACUACAACCAGGUCAUUUUCCUGAGAGGUUUUGCUUUACUUUUGCCAGGAUUUUAAGCUGAGCUUUAGAAACGCCAUACAGCCGUAGCUCAAUUCAAUUACAAAAGGGGAUUAAUAGUUGCCAACUAGAUAUUUUCCCCUUAGUCUUUGAAAUUUGUGUUUUAAAAAGGGUUUAAAUUGCAUUCAUUACCUUUUGUGAAUGUUAUUUUAGUGCAUUCACCUUAAAAAAGAGUCAAAGGGCAUUAUGUUUUUUUAUAUGCUUGUUCCCCCUUUCUGUGCAUCUAAGGAUAUUAAGAUUUUCUGAAACUACGAGUGCUCAAGUUUAUUGUUAGAUUGAGACAAUAUUACAGGAUCUAUUUAUAAAUAUAUUUUUCACUCCUAAAAACAUUGGAGUUUUGCUCUGCAAAUCAUGGGAAAACUAUGCAUUAUAAUAUAUCAAUGUUGAGGGAGCAAAAGUAACAGAAGGAUUGCGUUUUUCUCUUGGUCCACAUUUUGAUUUAACUUCUUUGUACUGUAAAUCUGAAACGGAACACUGCGGUGCUGGUUUCCAACAAAGGAUGGUUUGAACUCACUUUUACUGACACUUUUUGUCUGACAACAGUGCUUAAAAUGUUAGUGCCUUAAGUGUAUGAAACUUAGAAAUACACUACCCACACAUUGCCAGAAAACACAUUAGUUUUACUACACGUAUUUUUAAGGAACAAACAGUGUUAUUUGGAUAUCGUUUUUGCUUUUUAAAUAAAUCGGUAUUUUUGUCAUGAUA